AUGGAUCCUCUUCGGGUAGAAGCUGCAAGCCGAGCCAGUUUUGCCGUAAAAUUUAUUCAUGACCUAAUUCUUGAGGUUGAACAGGGAGUGACAGAACAUUUUGGUGUGCCGAUUCUGGAUGUAGACAUGGUGAUGGGAUCGUUGGAAAACGCAAUGGCAUCGACUGGUGGUUUUUGUGUGGGAAGAUCGUAUGUGGUGGGACAUCAGAGACUUUCAGGCUUAGGAUACUGUUUCUCUGCGUCUCUACCUCCACUACUGGCGACAGCAGCCAGUGAAGGCCUUCGAAUUAUCAAGGAACAACCGGAAAGAGUACAAAGAGUGCAACGAUUUGCAGUUGCUGUACACCGUGGUUUAGAAGCUGCGUUUGAGGGAACAAAUUUCGCCGUUCAAGGAGUUGAAUUAAGCCCUAUGAAACAUAUCGUAUACAAUGGGAAAGAUGCUGAGAAGAAAUUAGAUGCACUAGUUGACAAGCUCUUUGAUGAGUCGUCGAUUAUGAUUACACGUGCUCGAUACCUGGAAAAGGAUGAGAUGUUCCCAGUUACUCCGAGCGCACGUUUAAUGGUACAGUCAGAAAUGUGUGAAGAUGAAGUGGAACGAGCACUAGUAGCUAUCGCAACAAUAGUAGAGGAAUCAUAG